AUGCGUGUAUUAAUACCACUUUCGUUAUUUGCUGUUGCUGUAAGUGGCCAAAACUCAGAUCUUGAAGGAACAUGGUCUUCUAAAUCAAACCAAGUGUUCACGGGGCCUGGAUUUUAUGAUCCAAUCGAGGAAUUAUUGAUCGAACCAGCUUUACCUGGUAUUUCAUAUUCUUUUACUGCUGAUGGAUAUUUUGAAGAAGCAAUGUACCAAGUUUCUGGAAAUCCACAAGACCCAAAGUGUCCUGUAGCGGUCUUGAUUUUUCAGCAUGGUACUUAUGAAGUUAAGGAUGACGGACAAUUAGUUCUAACACCGAUUGAAGUUGAUGGAAGACAACUUCUCAGCCAACCUUGUGACGAUGAAGGAGUAUCCACUUACUCACGUUAUUAUCAGGCCGAAUCAUUCAAAAGUUACUUGGUGCAAUUAGACACGUAUUAUGGGAAACAAUCUCUACAAUUAUAUGGAAGCGAUGGUGCCCCUUUGCAGCCAUUAUUUUUGGCAUAUAAGCCACCUGUGAUGCUUCCCACCAUAACAUUAAAUCCAACGGCCAGUGAUGAUGCUCAGCCUACAAGCAAUGCAAAGAGAGAUUUGAUAUCGCACGUGAGAAGGAGCAUCGAAAACAGACACAAGACUAAUGCUGUCAAGAAGACUGCGCCAAACAUAGAGAAAUAUUGGUGGGGGUCGUUGGCGCUGAUCGGUGUGGGUUCUAUCGCAUUCCUUCUGUCGUAG